GGGAGUUCGCCAUCGAUUUUUACUUCCGGAUGGAGGGAGGUAAAGGAUGAAGGGAGCAAUCGCUGGAAACCGUCUACUUCACCGCGAUCACGUCGAGGAUGGCUGGCAUGUCACUAGCAAUGUGUCGCACGUUGCUGCUUUACGGCCUCACCCAUCUUUUGCAGGGCCACUCCAAAGCCGUCAACAAAUCCCUGACGACAACACCGGCGACGGAAGUUGCAUGUUCACCGCCCGAGAUUGUCUACAAUGGAACAGUUUUCCAGACGAACGGCGACGAAGAUUUUGAUAACGUGUACGAAAUAAGGUUCGUGGGUUUCUUCGGCUCCAUCGACAAGAAGCGGGCCUGCAAAAUCAAAUGCGUGAAUGGUGCCUGGUUCGGGCCCCUGUGCGCCGUCGAGAACCAAGUGGGAGAUGGCAUCCGGUUUCACUCCGUCAUGAAACCGUGUAUCCUGCAUCCCUUGAAUCCUAACAUAGUCGUGCACCAGCACGCCAUGCCUCUGACGGUUACGGAAGACGUCGAAUUACCGCAUGACACUGAGCUUAACUUCAGGUGUUCGGAAGUUGGUCUUCAGAAGUUCGUCGGAAACUCCACGAUACGUUGUUUAAAUAGACAGUGGUCGGCAGCCAUGCCCAAUUGCAUGCCAACGUCGCAACAGCAUAACCUUUCUGUUCUAGUUCCUCCAACCAUCUUAUACACGGUAGACAAGGGGGAGUACGGCAUCUCGGAGACGGGACAGCUUGUCGUAUAUCCUGAUGCCAAUGUUUACCUUUAUUGCCUCUACCAGAGACACAGCGGAAACCCGCAGUGGACGUGGACUUCGGAAAGAGACUACGCAAAAGGCUGGGUUUUGUCAGCCGAUGAGAAGCAGUGGAGAUACGAACUGCUCAUUUAUAACGCAAAGCCCUACGACUCCGGCGUCUACACCUGCACCACGCCACGAGGUCAAACGAAUUCGAUUUCGGUCAAAAUCCAGGACGUCGCUUGCCCACCAAUAGAGGGCGAUAGCGACGAAAACAGGGUCACCAGCGACCACGGAAGCCGUAUGCACAGCAAGGCAAAGUUUGCCUGCAUGGAAGGAUACAACCUGGUGGGGUCCGAAGAGGUGACCUGCAAUCCCUCGGGACGGUGGUCAGACCGGGCUCCGCACUGCGUGGUCAUUCAGUGUCCGGAAAUUCCUGAAAGGGGCUCCCUCAAGAUAAGUUCCACGAACAGAACGUACGGUGUCAGAGUUCAUUUUUCUUGUCCUCCGAAUUUCAAGUUGGUUGGUCCCCCAUUCGUCACCUGCUGGAAAAAUGAGACCUGGUCCGAUACCGCGCCGACGUGCGAACCCAUCAGAUGCCGACCACCCCUGCCACCUGCGAAUGGACGGGUCCUGUACGGUGGCAGACAAUAUCCGGGAGACACUGUGCACUACACAUGUAACGCUGGCUACGUUCUAAUAGGAGAAUCGGUUUCAGCGUGCGGGUACAACGGUACAUGGUCGAACUCCGUACCUACGUGCAAACCAGCGUGUGAGUACCCAGGCCAACCAGCGCAUGGCCGCAUCGUACCCACCAAGUUCCACUACGACAUCGGAGAAAUGGUGAUGGUAGCUUGCAAUACUGGGUUUCGUCUUCUGAGCUCUCCACGGCUACGCUGCUCAAAGGACGGCCACUGGUCGAACCCUCUCCCCCACUGUAGGCGCAUCUUGCACAAAUAAUACUUGAGAUUGCAAGGGGGCAUCGUCAUACCGCAGAUGCUACCGAAUGAUGCCUGAACGGGCGAACAAACCACCCUUAGAACAUCUUCUUAAUGACACAGGAACUAUUUCACGGGAGGCGACUGAUCGUUUCAAAUUUGGAAGGGGGUUCUUAAAAGGGACGAGUUUUCGAGACACGCCACUCUUAAAAUAGAACUUCACCGCAUAACGCGCUGAAGGCCAAUCACUGCACAGAAUGGUACCGGUAUAACUCCUGAUUUGUGGAAAGCAUGGGACGUAAGCAUUUCUGUGACAAUUAACGUAAUUGCAUAACCGUGCAUCCACACGAGCCGGUAGUAGCAUACUGCGCGCAUAGCAGACGACGCCUUUGACCCUGUCGUCUGCUACGGAAUAUCUUGUGACUGCGCCGCAGCAGAUUCCCCAUGUUUUGAUGAGCACGAAAAGACAUGACUUUCAGCCACGACCUACUAGAUUAUAUCGCACAUGCCAUAAUCGGCAACCCCUAUGAGGAGCCCGUCCGCACGAUCCGCUAGGAACACUACUCAUCGGCUCGCGAGAUGUACAUCAUGAUUGGACAAUGGAAAUUUGAAAUUUGAACGCGCAGAAGCGGACGUACGACUACCGUAGCAGACGACAGCAACCGCUCUUAUGAAAACGCGUAGACUGAUAAUGAUAAUCAAGUUUAGAAAGAAGCAUAUCUCGUGGGACAUUACCGCUUGUACAAAAUUACAAAGGUAAAUUAAAAUACAAAGUACUGUAGAAAGCGAGGAAGCAAUAACCGGGCCGAUGACUAGCGCCACCGCUACCCUCCAGAUGCGGCGCUGGGAAGGGGUGCCUAGCCGGUAAUGGCGUACAGCGUACAUACACGUACUUUUCGUGCUCUUCUAAACGUGGGGAAUUUGCUGCGGCGCAGUCACAAGAUAUUCGGUAGCAGACGACAGGGUCAGGGCUUCGUUUGCUACCGAAUAUCUUGUGACUGCGCCGCAGCGAAUUCCCGAAUGUUUAGAAGAGCACGAAAAGGCAUGACGUUCAGCACUCGCGCUCACGUGACAGCAGAAAGCUAUGACGUUUUACGCAUCUUCUGCUGGAGUAUUCUCGAGACUGUCGCUCGUGUAAACACACGGUGAGUGUCGCAAAAAGGCGUACGCCUCCCGUUUUCAACAAAUCAGGGGAGAGUACGAUGUUAUUCAGGUUGAUGGUUGGCUAGGAACAUGUUAUGCGGUGAAGUUCUGUUUUAAGAGCAUGGCAGUAAUUGAAGCAGCAAACGCUGUGACGCUGUCGCACUGAACAACGAGCAUAACUUCAAUACGCAGGCCGCAGCUGAGAAGGUUUGUUUUCAAGUGAUACGGCAAUUGGCCGCCAUGCAACAACAGAAGCGAAAAAUAAAAAAAUAGAAAUAAGGGAAAAACAAUAAUGCACCCUCAGCUGACAUGUCACAUCCUGCUUUGUAGUCACUGUCAGUGUCUACUAUACCCUUUAUCAACCGUAGUGAGGCAAUGCACAUGCAAAACAGAUACCACUAUUAUAGGCAUUACGUACACAUUGAAUCCUACCAUGUUGACACCUUCUCGUAGUGCUGCACGUUGUUACACUGGGCAAAAUAAUGUGAUCCGUCAAAACUUGACAAGCAGGCGUAGCUGGCUACACUUGCUGGUGAGGUGCGUGUCGCAAAUACGGCGAUACAUCGCUAUACCUUUAUUAAAGUACAUUUCGUGGCUUUGUGGCAAUAGAUUACAGUGUUGCAUAAUUUUUAAAGGGACAGUUCGCUCUCCAAGCAUCAACUUGUAGAUUUUUUCCCCACGGGUGCUGUAUGCCUCUCCUAAUUUACCGAAUCGCCGUUUCAUUUGAGCUAUCGAGCGGUUAUUAUCGGCCUUAUAUAUAAUUGAAAUUCACAAGGUUUGAAACGUUCACUCUAGCUGAUGAGGGGAUUCCUGCCCGUGGAUGCGGACCCGCUGGUGUUUUUGAAAUUUUAAUUUUGUGUUAGCGCCGCGAAGCAACUGUGGCUACAGAGCGGCGUACGGACCUGGAGAGAUGGAGAGAGGACAGCAUGAAGGAGUGGGAGACGGUGGGGGGAGGGGGGCGCUGGUGUCUGUCACUGCAAAAUACGACAAAAAAAAAAAAAGGAAGUGCCUCAGGGCGAGAGGCACCGGUAUUUGGACGGAGACUGUUCUUCCCCUGGGCACCGUCAUUGUCAUUGGCAUGGUAUUUAAAGGGUUAGGAAUGACGUGUUAAAGGUUGUUUAAAGUUAAAUGCUCCUGUAGAUAUCUAUUUUAAUUACUGUAUAGAGCGACCUCUCCCUUUAACUCUACAGCUAGAGAAAAUUAUCCAGAAUCGGACUGAAAAGUGAAGGUCAUCGGAUGCCAUUUAGCCUCAUUUCAACAGCUGGUCCCCAGCAUUACAGUUAAAGCACAAUAAAGUAAGACGCUUCAUAAAGGUGCGUACAUAGGUAAGUGAAUCUCUUAGGCCUCCGCUGCGGCCAACCUGAGGUUAGACGUUUUUCUUAUUUUUAUAGCUGGGCAGUUUUAUAAAAGGACGAAAAAAUAAAAUGCAGUUGACGCUACAGGGGUUAAUUCCAUUGACUGUUUCGGAACACUAGCCGCCACUGACCAGCAAAAGUGGUUAGCUAUGCCCACUUUUCUUAAAUUACCCGUACAGAAGCAGCACAUACAUAUAAACUGUUACUCAAAUUUGAAAGUGUAGCAUAGAGGGUCACCAAAGGCAGUGGACCAUUUCCACUAGUAUAGAGCGCGUUGUAUAGAGCACACCUUUUAUCCAUGAGCGGCUGUAGCAAAAAUAUACUCGUGUUUUCUUUAAUAACGUAGAGACAAAAACAUACAAAACACUCUAAUCUUGGGAGACCAAACUCGGUCUUCAGUCCCUUCUCUACUACGAUGCGCAUUUUCUUUCCUCUCUAUACACUCUGAAUUAAACGCUCCUUGCACAACUGUAAUAUUUGCAGCCUUAUACCGUAAGAGGUUAUAGUUAGGUUAUUUUUGCUUAUCAGACGAAUCAUUUGAUGCCGCGAGGUUCAUCGUCAAAAGGUUUUGAACAUUUCCGCGUAUCCCCAGCAUGUUCCCCAUAUUUUCCCCCCAACAUGUUGGGAGGUAACGUCGCCGUCUUUGGGUUAUACCCGCAUAAAACUCGAUACGACAUAGACCAUCCGUCCACGGUGUACGCACUCGCUAUAGUUCUGGUAACGAGAAGGAAAGCAAACGUCUGGAACGAUACACGUUCUUUGUGGUAAACUAAUAAAUUUAGGACGAAUCUCUCAGGCAAACGUCUCAUUUUUUUUUUCUUUUACAAAAUCAACCAAUCAAUCUGAGGCAGACGUGUGUAAUACCUCUAUGUAAACUUUGGGAUUGUAAAAAAACGGUGGCUUCGAUACCUUGUUGUGUGCUGGGCAUAUAUACGAUCGUUAAAUUUUAGUUCCAGUAUACAGUCGGAGAGAUUUCAAAAAUAAAGUCACGUCUUCAAUGGUACACUCUAAGGAAAAAAAAAAAGGAAUAAUCUUAGUCCUUUUGGAGACUAAAUGCGCUGGCACAAAAAUUAGUCCCUUGCAGGAGUAAAUGCAUGGAACUGUCACUGUCAUGGGAAUGUCACAGAGUGGGGACUGCAUUUCACUCUCUCAGUUCUAACCGUCCCAGGUACAUAAUUCGUGUGCAUGCAUGAAGAUACUUUGAAUUAAACCGUCAACCGUGAUGAUGUGUCGUGUGAUAUAAAAUCUCGCGACAUACGUAGGGCACAACAUAAUGUCGCAAGAAAGAACCGCGCACUAUUUCUUCAUCUGUGCGGGUGGAAAAUUGCUAAGUUAGCUAAGUCAUGUUGUCCUAUUCCAUCAAAUUGACGUAGAGCACAUAUUUACGCAGACUGUUGCAUUCGGAAGACUAUUUGCAAAGUUGUGUGACUAUUUGCAGUCCUGGGGAGUAAAUGUCGGGGUUAGGGGACUAAAGUGGGGAGUAAUUGGGCAAUCUAGGGGACUAGAAGCUGCAUUUUCUCCAUUUACUCCUUUUUUUUUUCCCCUUGGAGUGUAUACAGGCACAAUCGGGGUAUAAGACAAUGAAGUUUUCUACGUUUAUUCUGCACAAGCAUAAAGAUAAAGAAAAAAAGAUUGAAGAAAAAAAAUUCUGAUAAAGAAAAAAAAAGGGGGGGAAGUAUAGUAUAGGCGAUUACGGUACUCGGUUCCGCUCUUUGCAGCUCUGGUUUCUGUUGAACGUCCCUCCAAUCGGAAGACAAAAAUGCCACUCAGAGAUGACACCACUGACGUUACAACAGCUGUGACAGAGAGAUAGCGGCAUAAUCUGUGUGUGUCACGGACAUGAUCUGAAGUUACAUCUUUUAUCGCGCAUCCAAGCGUCCAUGCAGCAUUUAUGCCAUAUAUAGCUAGCGAACUUUGCAGAAAUAAAUGCUGGUGCGUUUGUUCGUUACGUUUGGGCCAUCCGGAAGAAAUCUGUGCCGUCUUUCAGGCAGAAUGGAAGAGGCACAGAAUUUAUAGUUUCGAAAAGAAAAAAAAAAAAAGAAGAAUGCGGAUGCCCACCCUUGCUACGAUGACCUUUGUGAGCACUUAUAAGCACGAAGGGUGCACAUUUUGCGUAAGGGGCUUUCGUUUCCGUCAAACUGGGGUGCUGCGGGAAACAAAAAAUUGUCACAUAUACACGACGUGUUCUACGCCCUGAAAACGGAGCUUCACCGCAUAGCACGCUCCUAGCCAACCAUCAUCCCGAAUGACAUCGUUCUCUCUCCUCAUUCGUUGCAAAAGAAAGGCGCACGCCUUUCUGUGACACUUACGCGAUUGUAUAAUUCGUCACAGAAAGGCGGAUAUACGCCACGCGCUUUCCGCAAAUUAGGAGUGAUAACGGUAUAGAUAACGGUAAGUGAUAACGGUAGCACUCUGUGCAAUGAUUCUUCAUGAUUGGCAUUUAGCGCGGUAUGUGGUGAAACUCUCUUUUUGGGAGUGCACGGUUUGGUACACGCUUAAAAAUGAGCUUCACCACAUAGCACGCUCCUAGCCAACCAUCAUCCCGAAUGACAACAUUUUUGCACCAUUAUGCACGUGCAUAAUGGUACAAAAUAGGCUCCACCUCCCGUUUUCAACAAAUCAGGGGCGAGAACCUUGUCAUUCGGGAUGAUGGUUGGCUAGGAGCGUGCUAUGUGGUGAA